AUGGCUCGUACUAAGCAAACAGCUUGGAAAUCCACUGGAGGAAAAGCCCCAAGGAAGCAAUUAGCAAAAAAAGCAGCUCGUAAAUCAGCACCAGCAACCGGAGGAGUGAAGAAACCACACAGAUUCAGGCCAGGAACUGUUGCUCUUCGUGAAAUCAGAAAGUAUCAGAAGAGUGCCGACCUUCUGAUCCGUAAACUCCCAUUUCAAAGAUUAGUUCGUGAAAUCGCUCAAGAUUUCAAGACUGAUUUAAGGUUUCAGAGUUCAGCAGUUGCGGCAUUACAGGAAGCAGCUGAAGCUUAUCUUGUUGGUUUGUUCGAAGAUACUAAUCUCUGUGCGAUUCAUGCUAAAAGGGUUACUAUGAUGCCUAAAGACAUUCAACUUGCCAGGAGAAUCAGAGGUGAACGAGCUUGA